AUGGCCACGAUUCAUCAGGAAGAACCACUCCGACGUUGGCGCCCCAUCGGCGCCACCAUCGACUGGAUCGCCAAUCUAGGCGAACUGGUGAUUAGCUGGAUUAUGGCCCUGGGCGAUAUCAGCCUAUUCACCUUCCGCACCAUCUCCUGGAUGCUCACGCGGCUGCCCAAGUGGGAGACGAUGCUGCCCAGCUUCUAUCAGAUCGGCGUGCUCAGCCUGCCGGUGGUGGCCCUCACGGGUACCUUCAUCGGAAUGGUGCUCGCCGUGCAGAGCUACGAUCAGUUUCGCGUGCUCGGGCUGGAGACUAGGCUGGGUGCGGUGAUCAAUAUGUCGCUGGUGCGCGAACUUGGCCCCGUGCUGGCAGCCACCAUGCUGGCAGGUCGGGUUGGUAGCUCGAUGGCCGCCGAACUUGGCACCAUGCGAGUUACCGAGCAGAUUGAUGCCUUGGCCAGCAUGGGUUCGAACCCUAUUCACUAUCUGGUGGUGCCGCGGUUCAUCGGCUGUGUGAUGCUGAUUCCCAUGCUCACGAUCAUGGCCGACUUCAUGGGCGUGGUCGGCGGCCACUUCUACAGUGUGGUGCUUCUUGGCAUCGACUCGCACCAUUACUGGAGCAACACCCAGAAGCUGGUCGGCGUGUUUGACCUGAGUGCCGGCGUCUUCAAAAGCUUCUUCUUUGGUGGCACCAUUGGCUUGAUCAGUUGUCACCGCGGAUUCAAUUGCAACCCGGGGGCCGAAGGUGUCGGUCAGGCGGCCACGGGGGCUUUUGUAUACUCAUUCGUGGUCAUCCUGAUCAUCGACCUGAUUCUCGGCAUCCUCAUCAACACCGUGUACUACACGCUGUGCCAGCAUGUGCUGCGCGAUAUCAACCUCACGAUUCCGCGGGGGCAAACGCUGGUCAUCAUUGGCGAAAGCGGUUGCGGCAAAACCGUAUUGCUGAAAACGCUCAUCGCCCUGAUGCACCCCACGCGGGGCAAAGUGCACUUCGACGGGCAGAACCUGGCCAAACUCAGCGAUCGCAAACUCACGGCUCAGCGGAUUCGUUUCGGAUUCUUGUUUCAAAUGGCCGCCUUGUUUGACAGCAUGACGGUGGCCGAAAACGUGGCCUUUCCCUUGCGUCAGCACACACGCAAGAAGAACGACGAGAUUGCGAAGAUCGUGCUCGAUCGCCUGGCCGAAGUUGGCUUGCCGCCCACCGUGCGUUCGAAGAAGCCGGCCGAACUUUCCGGUGGUAUGCGAAAACGGGUGGGCCUGGCCCGAGCCUUGGCGCUCGAUCCCGAGAUCAUGCUCUACGACGAACCCACCACGGGGCUCGACCCGAUUAUGAGCGACGUGAUCAACGAGUUGAUCAUGCGGACAAGAGAUAAAUCGUCGGUUACCAGCAUCGUCGUCACGCACGAUAUGAAGACAGCCCGCAAGGUGGCCGAUCGAGUGGUGAUGCUCUACCCGGUGUCGCGAUUGAAGCCGAAAGAGCCGCAAAUCAUCUUCGACGAUGUGCCAGCAGCAAUCGACAGUUGUUCCGACUCACGCGAACAGGUCAUGGACGAUCGCCGUAUUCAGUUUCGAGUGGGAGUGCUGGUCUUAUCGACCAUCAUCCUCACGGCGAUUCUCGUAGUUGUGCUCAGUGGUCCCGCCACCAUCGGGCUGGGAACCUACACGAUCUAUCUCAGCUUUCAAGACGCCCCGGGCAUCACGGCCGACACUCCCGUGCGCAAGAGCGGGAUCUUGAUCGGCCGCGUGACCGAUGUUCGUUUCGCCGAUGAUGGAAGCGUGCUGGUUACGGCCGGCAUCCAGGAGAACAUUCGUCUCAGGGCCAACGAGCGCCCUCGCAUCAGUAGCGGGCUACUCGGCGAUGGCGUGUUGGAAUUCUAUCGUGGUCCCCAGCCCGCACCCGAGGGCGACUACAUCCAGCCCGGCGACAUUCUGGUUGGCGAUGUGGUGGCCGAUCCGUUGCGCAUUCUAGGGAACAUCGAGGGCGAUCUCUCGCAAACCAUUGUCUCAGUAGCUCAAACCAGUGACGACAUUGGGCGACUCGCCCGCGAGGUCACUUCACUGCUGUCGAACAACGAGGAGCAGUUCGCCCGGAUUAUCGUGAAGUCUGAGACGUUAAUCGAAUCGCUGCAAUCGGCCGCCGCGGGGGCCGACAGCAUCUUGGGCGAUCCGGUGAUGCGAGAAAACCUCACCCGUUCGCUCAAUGGCCUGCCGGUAGUGAUCGAAGAUUUCCACACUCUCAUGGCUAACCUCGAGGGAACCCUGCAGUCGGCCGACCGCAACCUCAACAACCUCGAGCAAUUCACCCAGCCCCUGGGCGAACGGGGUGAGAAUAUCAUCGACCGCAUCGACAACACCGUCACGAAUUUGGACGUGAUGCUCGGCGAAAUCGGCCAAUUCGCCAAGGCCCUGCGAAAUCCCGAUGGCACAUUGGGGCAGUUCCUCAAUAACCCCGAUCUGUACCACAACCUGAACCAGGCCGCGCUUGAUUUGGAUCGUCUACUAAAAGAUGCCCGACCAGUGAUCUACAACACGCGGGUCUUCACCGACACGCUUGCUCGCGAAGGGUUGCGAGGAACGAUGCUGAUCGCCGGCUAUCUGUGGAGAAGCAAGAUGAAACACAAGAUAAGUGCCGGUGUCGUGGCGGCCGCCAUUGUGGCGGUCGCGGUGAUCGGGUCGCAUGUGAAUGCGAGUUCGUCGGCGGUGAAAUCGCAAAACGCGGUGGUGCACCUGUCCAACAUGACCAACGACUUGCACAGCGCUUUCAUGGCUGUGAAGCUCGGCUCACUCAUGCAGUCUGGGCCAGCACAGGUCACAUUGUUUCUAGACCUUGAAGGAGUGCGAUUGGUUGACAACCGCCAGCCGCUCGAUCUUCGAUGGGGUCCGGGGCAUAAGGGGCUGAACGAAUACUACGAAGGGUUCGUUGCCUCUGGCGGGAAAGUGCUCGUCUGUCCCCACUGUGCCCAGGCGGCAGGGAUCGAUAGCGAUUCGCUUCGAGAGGGAGCUCAAAUCGCCACCGAAAGCCAGGUAGCAGAAAUGCUCGCCUCUGCGGAUAAGAUUCUCGAUUACUAA